CUUGAGGAAAAAACGAAGCAUCUUGGUCCCGGACAAGAAGAGGAAGAAGAAAGGAAAGACGACAAUGGCGACCACCCUUCUCUUUGUUCUGUUGUAAAUAAAAGGAGCUCCUUUUUUGGGUUUGUUAACUGCCCAUCUGGAAUGCAACAUCACGUACGUAGAAGAGGGAAGAAACUGACUAAAGCCAUGGCAAUGUCUCCAAAGCCAUCGGAGAAUGGGGUCGACGGUGACGACGAAAGAGAAGAAGGGGAAGAUUCCGAAGACGAAGAAGAGGAGGUGGAGGAAGGUGAAGAAGAAGACGAGCCUAGACUGAAGUACCAGAGGAUGGGAGGUAGCGUGCCGUCACUUCUUUCAGCUGACUCCGCUUCGUGCGUUGCUGUUGCCGAGCGGAUGAUCGCCCUCGGCACCCAUGGCGGCAGUUUGCAUAUUCUUGAUUUCCUUGGCAAUCAAGUCAAGGAAUUCCGUGCUCACAGUGCUGCUGUCAACUGUCUAUCAUUUGAUAUAGAUGGUGAAUACAUUGCGAGCUGUUCCGAUGAUGGAUCUGUUGUAAUAAACAGUCUUUUCAGCGAUGAAAAAUUGAAAUUUGAAUAUAAUCGCCCAAUGAAAGCAAUUGCAUUGGACCCAGACUACGCAAGAAAAUCCAAAAGAUUUGUCACUGGUGGUUUAGCUGGUCAUUUAUACUUUAACACAAAGAAGUGGAUAGGCUACGGAGACCAGAUCUUACACUCUGGUGAAGGUCCAAUCCAUGCUGUGAAGUGGAGAGCAAGUCUCAUUGCUUGGGCCAAUGAUGCAGGUGUCAAAAUCUAUGAUGCCUCUAAUGAUCAGCGUAUUACAUUUAUCGAGAGACCACAAGAAAGCCGACACCCCGAACUUUUGCUUCCUCAUUUGGUUUGGCAGGACGAUACUCGUCUUGUUAUUGGCUGGGGAACAUCUGUAAAAAUCGCGUCAAUAAAACCGUAUCAAAAUGCUGGGCCAAAUGGAACAUUGAAGCAUAUUCCAUUGUCUAGUAUUAACCAGGUAGAUAUUGUAGCAUCUUUUCAAACUAGCUAUUUCAUAUCUGGAAUUGCUCCUUUUGGCGAUUUGUUGGUUGUUCUGGCUUAUAUUGCGGGAGAUGAAGCUGGAAAAAAGUAUUUUAGCAGCAGUGUUCCACCACGGCAGGGAAAUGCUCAGAGACCAGAAGUACAUGUAGUCACCUGGAAUAAUGAUGAACUUGCAACUGAUGCAUUGCCUUUACAUGGUUUUGAGCAUUAUAAGGCAAACGACUAUUCACUUGCAUAUGCUCCAUUCUCAGGUAGCAGCUAUGCUGGUGGUCAGUGGGCUGCUGGUGAUGAACCACUAUACUACAUUGUAUCUCCAAAGGAUGUAGUUAUUGCAAAACCAAGGGAUACAGAAGAUCACAUUUCUUGGCUUCUUCAACAUGGAUGGCACGAAAAAGCUUUAGCAGCAGUUGAAGCUGGACAGGGACGAAGUGAACUAAUUGAGGAGGUGGGUUCAAGAUAUCUUGAUCAUUUGAUCAUUGAAAGAAAAUACUCUGAAGCUGCAUCUUUGUGUCCAAAAUUGUUAAGGGGAUCUGCUUCAGCAUGGGAGAGAUGGGUUUUCCAUUUCGCUCAUCUCCGUCAGCUGCCUGUAUUGGUUCCCUAUAUACCAACUGAGAACCCAAGAUUGCGUGAUACUGUUUAUGAGAUUGCUCUAGUUUCUCUAGCUACAAACCCAUCUUUCCAUCAAAAGCUAAUAUCGACUAUCAAAUCUUGGCCGCCAGCAAUUUAUUCCGCUUUGCCAGUUAUUGCAGCCAUAGAUCCUCAACUUAAUGCUUCAUCUUCUAUGGAUGCUCUCAAAGAGGCACUAGCAGAGCUGUAUGUCAUUGAUGGGCAGUAUGAGAAAGCAUUCGCACUAUAUGCUGAUCUUAUGAAGCCAGAUGUAUUUGAUUUUAUUGAAAAGCAUAACCUACAUGAUGCUAUUCGUGAAAAGGUUGCACAACUGAUGUUGGUAGAUUGCAAAAGAGCAGUGCCUUUGUUAAUCCAGUACAGAGACUUAAUCACUCCAUCAGAAGUAGUGUCACAACUUUUGGCUGUGGGGAACAAAUCUGACUCCAGAUACUUGUUGCAUUUAUAUCUCCAUUCCCUAUUUGAAGCUAAUCCACAUGCUGGAAGGGAUUUCCAUGAUAUGCAGGUGGAGCUCUACGCAGACCAUGACAAAAAGACGUUGCUUCCCUUCCUUCGCAGCAGUCAACAUUAUACACUUGAGAAGGCGUACGACAUCUGUGUUCAAAGGGAUUUACUAAAAGAGCAGGUUUUCAUCCUUGGAAGAAUGGGCAACUCAAAAAAAGCCCUUUCUGUAAUUAUUAAUAACUUGGGAGAUAUUGCGGAGGCUAUUGAAUUUGUUAGUAUGCAGCAAGAUGAUGAACUUUGGGAAGAGUUGAUAAAGCAAUGUCUUAAUAAACCUGAAAUGGUGGGUAUAUUGCUGGAACACACUGUUGGCAAUUUGGAUCCUCUGUAUAUAGUAAAUAUGGUGCCCAAUGGUCUAGAAAUUCCACGGUUGAGAGAUAGACUUGUCAAAAUCAUAACAGACUACAGGACAGAAACAUCUCUGCGACAUGGUUGCAAUGAUGUUCUCAAGGCUGAUUGUGUCAAUCUUUUGAUCAAAUAUUACAAAGAAGCUAGGCGUGCAGUAUACAUGAGUAACGAAGAAGAUGGAACACAUGCUAAACGGGAGGGUGGUAGUUACACAAGGGCCUCUCAGUCAAUGGAGAGAAUACCAAACAUGAAAACCAUGGAAAUCAUGUCAAAGACGAGGGGAGGUGAUCGUUGUUGCGUGUGCUUCGAUCCCUUCUCCAUCCAGAAUGUAUCUGUCGUUAUAUUCUUUUGCUGUCACGCCUAUCACACUGGUUGUCUUAUGGAUUCAACAUUCACUGUCUCUGAAAAUAAAGAAGAGGUCAGAAAAACCCAAAGCAUGCCAUCACAUUAUGAGUAUGAUAAUGGGGAUAUUGAAGAAGAAUACGACGAUGAUACAACAUUAGAGGACCCUCAAAUGCGAUGUAUUUUGUGUACGACAGCUGCCAAAGGAGCUUAAGGGAGCAUUUGGUUUGAGACUUUGAGUAGUACCUGUGCAGUAUAGCACUAUUCAUUGUUUGUUGAUUUUCAUUUUUGUGCAUUUUUAUUCUAUUGGGUGGAUUUUUUUUUUGCUAAAAUAGGCCUUUGUAAAGUUCAAAUUGACCUUGUUUGGUUGCUUAAAUGUCAGAUGCAUAGGAUAGGAGCAGGUAUAUGUAUUUUGCUUAAUAUUGUUGUGUUUUAUCAGAAUCAUAUUUAGAAUGCA